CUGGAGGCAGAGGGGAGCCGGGAUGUGGGGUUCCAGCAGAUGUUUGUGUUCCUCAGAACGCCCCAAAGCCAGCUCCCUGCGUUCCAGUGACAGGUGCUGUGCCCGGGAGGAGCACUAUGAAGAAGGUGAAGAAUGCCUGCCCUGCUGCCCAUUCCUUCUGGAAUCCCAGAGGAAGCAAAAGAAAAACCACACCAGCAAACUCCAUGAGUUGGCAUUGCUGCUACCUGUGGCCCCGAGGACCAGUAGCAAGAAGCUCACCAAGAAGGAGAUUCUGCUGCAUGUCCUGCACUACAUCCAGCACCUGCAGAGAAACAUCGAUGUGGCCCAGGCCCUGCUAACCUUCCACGCCGCCAACGGGGAGGGCGAAGUCGAGGGGCGGGGUCGGAACCCCACCGCGGGCUCGGGGAGGCGCAGACACCGCACCCCAUCCAGCCCCCCACACUCUUGUAAGUGCUGUGUCAGGGGAGCCUGUCAGAAACCUCGGAAGAAGAAGCUGACCCGAGCCGCAGAACGCCAGACCCGGACCCAGAACCCUCGUCGCUGUCUGGCCCUGGACAAGCCCAAGAAGCAGGUGGCCGCACCCGCAGACCAGAAGGGAGGAAACACGGAGGGGACGGCUGCUCCUCCAAGAUGCGCUGACUCCUACACGCGCCCCGAGGCUGCCUUGUCCUGGCCUCAAGGCCGCUCCUGCAAAAACAGCGCCCAGGAUGAUGGGCCCUACUCUGCCUCCGGGGCCCAGCAAGGGGCCGAGAGGACCUAUUUGGUCAACGGAACACAGUCGUAUCUCAGGCAGAAGCUGGCCUUCUACGAGUCCAGCGAGGAGGUGGACAAGGAGACCGCAGGCGCUGACCCUUGGCUUCCUGCCUGGACCCCAGAGGGCACCCCCCUAGGGAGCCCGCUGGCUUUGGGGCCGCCUCAGACUGACACCCAGAGUGUGACGGGCCCCCUGAGCGAGAUCCUAGGCCUCAGUCCCUCCCUCUUCAGCUCCCCGGGAAAAGCGCUGCCGGCAGAGACCCUGGAGGACAGCAGCCUCUACCUGACCCAAGCUCUCUUUGAAGAAAUUUUCUUAGAUGCUGUGUCUUCACCUUCUGACUGCGUGCUGCAGGUUCCGCAGAAGGAGGGCCUUCCUGACUCCCUCGGCCUGUGCCAGUGCGUGGGGCCGCAGGACCACCCGUCGCUGAGUGAGGACAGCUCCAGCUCCCAGGACUCGGUCACCGACACGGACUCGGAGGUGGCGUGGGUGCAGCAGGACACUCCGGCCGACCCCGAGGGCCCCAAGUCCAUGAGCGAUGAGGACGGAGACUACACCUGGACUCCCAGCUGCCAGGUCGCGACCUUGCCCUCGGCCAGGAGGAAGGCCCGAAAGGGCCAGGCAGGCAGGGGCCCCGUGAAGCCCAAGAACAAGAAAGCCCCCUGCUCCGCUCAGACGAAGAAAAAGUGUGUCAACGGCUUCAUCAUGUUCUGCAGGAUGAACCGGAAGCAGUAUAUCCGGGCCUGCCCGGGGACGGCAUCCACGGCUGCCACCAAAGAACUGGCCCAGCUCUGGCGGGAGAUGACGGAGCAGGAGCGGAAACCUUACUGCAUCAAGGCGCGGAGAUUCAGCCGCCAGCACAACCGGAUCGUGAAGAAAGAGAGCUCCAGCAGCGGUGACGAGGACUGGGGGGUGCCCAAGCCCUUCUACCAGCUGCUGGCGGACAGGGCCCGCUCCGCCUCGGCGCCCGCCGCUCAGCCGCCUUCGCACCGCGAAUGAGAGGGCGCCUCGCCUCGCCUCCCCGCCGCCUCGCAGCUCCGCGGCUGGACGGAAACCGGGAGCGUGCGGGGAGAGGCUGUUGCCCCUCCUGGGCCUCACGCCCGCCGGCGAGGUCCCCUUGGCCAGUUCGCUCCGGCUGGCAGGCGGAGGGUUUUCUGAUUCCGAAGUUUUGUGUGUUUGUUUUCACGUGGGCAGCUGAACCCGCCCUUCCACAGCUCCUUUCUCCCCGGGAAGGAGGCCCUGGGUGAAAUGCAGGGAGGUGAAGUUCCCGAGAAGGGGCUCCCCCACCCCCACCUGCUGACCUGCCUUGGCCCGCCCCAGGAUGAAAUGGUUUCAACCCUGUUCGUUCUCACCUUAUC